AUGACAUGGGCUCAAUUCAAUGAGAUCUUCUAUGACAAGUACUUUCCUCAGUGCUUUCGGGACCGAAAGGUUUUUGAAUUCCAAGAACUCAAGCAAGGCAACAUGUUUGUAGCCGGGUAUGAGGCUAAAUUCAUUGAACUAGCUCGAUUUGUUCUUCAUAUGGUGGAUACGGACUACAAGAAAGCUCAGAAAUUUGAGGAUGGAUUGGAUUUAGAUGUAUUUGAUCGAGUAGGUGUCUUAAAGAUACCUACAUAUGUGGAUGUACUUGACAGAGCAUUGAUGGCGGAAGACAAUCUGACAGCAAAGAAACAAGUUAAAGCACCAACAACAGAAUGGAAGGGUAAAAGAUCUGGGAAACAUAGAGGUGUACGUUACCGUGCAUCCAGUGCUUGUUUCCGAUGCGGCAAGACUAGCCAUGUAGUGAAAGAUUGCCCAUUUAGAUCUGAUAUUGCCAUCCAUCCUGUAGCAAGUUCAGCCAGAUCCGCUUCUGCAGCUAGAACAAAUACGAGAGCGAACACUGGAAGAGAAACCUUGAGACAAGGCCGAGUUUUUGCAUUAGUGCAUGGUGACGUAUAG